AUGGCGUGUGUACCACCUCCCUACUAUCCGAUUGCGAUGCCACUCCCAGCGCAAGGACCUGGCCUGAUUGGCAAGACUGUUUAUCAUUACAUGACCCGUGAUGGAGGGCCACCGAACAAGGGCGCACCUCCAGGCGGACCGCCGUCGUCUGCUGCUGCUCCUCCACCGUAUUCUGUGAUGCCCCCGUGUCAAGGACCAUUUUGCCCUCCCCCGAGUCAGCCUGGUCCAUUCUUCAUGCCGCCAGGAAAUGGAUUCCCUGGAGCAGUGUGCGUGCCUAAUGGGCCACCACCGCCUCCUCCAUCUGCGCCCACAUGGUUUCACCCACCACCACCUCCGCCAGCGUCAGGACCUCUUCCUGCUCCUCCGCCACCGCCACCAAAUGUUGCAGGAGCAGUCGCCCAUGCCGCGUCUCAAGCACCAGAACCACCGGUCAGUGGAAACCGAGUCAAAGACCGACUUCUGGUGGUCAAAGAUAGCGGAGGCCACGGGCACGUCGCGUCCAAACACCUUGCGACGUUCCAUCUUUUUACCUACAACGUCAUUGACAAGUAUUCAGUGAAUGCACACAACCAGUUCUACAUCCCACCACACUCGUGCGAGCCAUUCCGUGUAAUGACGGCAGCGUAUUCCAUGCCCAUCGAGGAACUCAUUGAACAACUUGAUUGCAUCCAAGUGGCGCCACCGGUGUAUCCUCGCUAUGCGAUCGGACUUGCAGAGGCGUUUGAUAUUGGGAAUGGAUGGUUCCAAGUGGGCAGCAAGUUCCAUCUAGACGAAGAUAAGUCGAAGCAAACCAUCAAGGAGGCAUGGAGCAACAAUAUUGGCGAGGCCGGCGAAUCACGGCCCAAGUAUCUGAUCCGGCUGCCAGGCAAGCGACCUGGAACGUGA